CGAAAUGUCCAUAGUCGGCAUCCGUAGCGAGUGACGUCAUUUGUUCGCGCCGCGUUGUGACGUCAUAGCCUCGCGCCGCCUGCGGGCGUGAGAGAAGCGGGGAUGCAGCGCGCGGUGUGGGCCGGUUUCCGUUCCGCCGUUCGCUGUUUCUCCGCCGCCCGCCCGGCGCUACGGGCGGAUAAAGACGCGCUGCUGCGGCUGCGGAAAAGCACCGGGCUGCCGUUCGGAGCGUGCGCGGAGGCGCUGCGGGACAGCGGGGGGGAUGAACGGCAGGCCGAGGCGCUGCUCCUGGUCCGGGCGCGGCGGGACGGGCGGCACCGGGCGGAGCAACUGCGGGAACGGGCGGCAAAGGACGGACUGAUGGGAACCGUGGUACGGGGGAACUGCGGAGUCAUGGUGGAGGUGAACUGUGAGACCGACUUUGUGGCCCGUAACGCCGCCUUCCAGCAGUUGGUUCGUGACGCCGCGUUGGGCGCCAUGAGCAGCUGCCACAGCCCCGACCCCCCCACGGGAUGCGUCAAGCGCUUCCUGAGCCCCGUGGAGCUCUCCCAGCUGCGGACGGAGCCGGGGGGGGCUCAGCUCAGUGAGCGCCUGGAGCUCACCAUUGGCUCCAUGGGUGAGAAGAUGACCCUUCGCCGUGCCGCGUUCCUGGCUGUCCCCCCCGACUGCUUCAUCGCCUCCUACACCCACGGCCCCCCCCCCGGGGAGCCCCCCCCGUCGCACUCGGUGCCAGCUCUGGGUCGCUAUGGGGCGCUGGUCGCCUGCAGGGUGACGGAGCCGGGGGUCAGCCCCGAUCCCGCUGCCGUGGGCAGGAAGGUGGCGCAGCACGUGGUGGGGAUGGCGCCCACCAGCGUGGGAGACCCCGGGGAUGGGGCGGGGGGGAGGAAGGAGGAGGAGGAGGAGGAGGAGGAGACGCGGCUGUUGGCACAGAGCUUCGUGCUGCAGCCCGCUGUGACAGUCGCCGAGUUCCUGCGGGCCCACGGGGUGACGGUGCUGGAUUUUGUGCGGUUCCAGUGCGGGGAGGAGGAGCGGGACUGAGGGGGGGGGUCUGUGGGGCUGAGGGGGGGUUGGAGCUGUGGGGAUGGAUGGGGCAGAGCUGUGGGGAUGAGAGGGGCAGAGCUGUGGGGCUGCCUUGUGCCCUGGGCUGAGCAGCGGAUCCCUUUGUGGCUGCUCCCCCCCAAUACAGCCUGCAUUCACCCAUCAC